AUGUCAGUAAAUAACUCUGCCUGGACAUUUUCUGCGGAUCAAGUCCUGCAGUUUGCAACUGAGGUGCUGUUGGGCAAUGGCAUGGGUCGUGAUGAAGCAACCACAGUCGCCAAUUGUCUGGUGGCAGCCGAUCUACGAGGCAUUGACACUCACGGGUGCAAUCGACUGCCCUCGUACAUGGAGAGAAUUCGACAGGGAGUGCUCGACCCCAGGGCCACGCCCAGUCUGGUACAGAUCACGCCUGUUGUUGCCCAAGUCGAUGGGAACAAUGGGUUUGGGUUUCUGGCCGCCUCUCUGGGUAUGGACACGGCCAUCACCAUGGCUCAGACAUACGGCAUUGGGAUGGUGUCGAUCAAGCAUUCCAACCAUUUCGGCAUGUCAGCAUGGAUCGUGCAACGAGCCAUCGACGCGGAUAUGAUGAGUCUUGUCUUCACCAACUCGUCCCCGGCACUGCCCGUGUUUGGGGGCAAAUCCAAACUGUUGGGCGUGUCACCUCUUGCAUGUGGUGCGCCGGCCGGGCCAGAUACACGGCCCUUUAUUCUCGACAUGGCGCCGUCGAUUGCAGCACGGGGCAAAAUUUACAAGGCAAAACGACGAGGGGAAAAGAUUCCCCUAGAUUGGGCGCUCGACGCGGAUGGCAACGCGACCGACGAUCCGGAUGCGGCGCUCCAAGGGGUCAUGCUUCCAAUGGGGGGACCCAAGGGCUCAGCACUCGCCAUUAUGAUGGAUGUCUUCAGUGGGGUGCUCUCUGGCUCAGCCUUUGCCGGCCACGUCACGAAUCCAUAUGACCCCAGCAAGCCCGCCGACGUGGGCCACAUGCUUAUGGCUAUCAAACCGGAUCUCUUCCUGUCUCUGGACGAGUUCAAAGCUCGAAUGGAUUAUCUGUAUCGCCGUGUAGUUGAGUCAGAGAAGCGUCCGGACGUGGAUCGCAUCUAUUUCCCUGGUGAGAUUGAGCAGAUGACACAGGAGAGCCGAAUGAAGGAUGGAAUCCCAUUUGUGGAGGCCGAGGUCACGGCGCUGAACGCCGAAGCAGAACGGGUUGGAGCACGGCCUUUGGCGAAUCUUACUGGUGGCACCGAAGCAAGUGAGCCUGUCCUUUGAUCCGGUGUCUUCAAAGGGCGGGAAUGGCAUAGAGGCACAACACAGUCGGAAAGGGCGUCAAGAGAGUAGGUAAAUUGGCAAAGUUGGCCUACGCGGAGGCAAAGAGCGAGACGAGUUGGUUCAUCUGUAUGUCAAGGUGGCCUCUGCUUAGGGUUACAUUAUUAUAGUAAUGGUCUGCAGUCUCCCAAAGCAGGUCUCGUCCCCACAUCAUGUUUAGGAAGCGAUGAGGACACACAGGCAACAGGAUCCUAAAUCGCGUUCAAGAA